AGUCGGGCAUGUUACAGUGGAACCACUCUGAUAGCAACAUACAGCAGAAGUUGUUAGUUUUGCAUCCUUCUCCUAAUCUUAAAGCGGUCGUUUAAACUUUCUCCGGUAUUUUUUUUUUAAUUUGAGCAGUUUUAAGCUCGUUCAGUGUCGGAUCCCGACUGCUCGUCAACAGCUGUUUCAGCAGCAGUUUCGUAGAUUUAUGCUACGUGCUAAAUGUUAGCCGAGUGCUAAAAACUCUUUUUUUGACAGCAGCCCAUUCAAUGUACAUGUGUCCACACCAGCAAGAGCUCACCGGAGAUUCAGGAAUCACUGAGAGUCAUUGCGAGCAGACAGCAUGGAGCUGCAGGCGGUGUUGAUGGCGGCUGGCGGGGGCUCGCGCAUGACCGACCUGACGUACAACACACCCAAAGCCAUGCUGCCAGUUGGCAACAGGCCACUGAUAUGGUACCCUCUAAACCUGCUGGAGAGGAUCGGCUUUGAUGAGGUGAUCGUGAUCACCACUAAGGAGGUUCAGAAGAUGAUGAGCACAGACCUCAAACUGAAGAUGGACGUGAAGAUGAAACUCGACUUCGUUUGCAUCCUGGAAGAUGAAGACUUGGGCACGGCUGACGCUCUCCGACACAUCCAGCCAAAGAUCAAGACGGACAUCCUGGUGUUGAGUUGUGAUGUGAUAACAGAUGUGGCGCUUCACGAGGUGGUUGAUCUGUUUAGGGCCCAUGAUGCAACACUGGCAAUGCUAAUGAGCAAAGCCCAUGAAUUCACAGAGACCAUUCCAGGCCAAAAGGGCAAGAAGAAAACUGCUGAGCAACGAGAUUUUGUAGGCGUGGACCAGUCAGGCAAAAGGAUCUUGUUCAUGGCCAAUGAGGUGGAUUUGGAGGAUGGGCUAUCAAUUAGGAAGUCCAUCUUGACCAAACAUCCAAGGAUGUUCAUCAAAACAGGCCUGGUGGACGCUCACCUUUACUGUAUGAAAAAAGCAGUGGUGGAAUUUCUGACGGACAACAAAUCGAUUUCAUCAGUCCGUGGUGAGCUAGUGCCAUAUUUGGUGCGCAAGCAGUUUUCCAAAGCAAGGAGCAGUCCAAAACUUAAAGAUGACACUGAUGAACAGAGCCAGAACAAGAGUGACAGCUCCACAAACAAUGAGCUUCUCAUCUCAUCACGUGACGAUCCUCUCCUCCAGCUGGCCCAGGAGCGCUCCUGCUGGAAUGACCAUCACGGGGACAUGAGCGAGGCGUACCACGGGGGUAAGCUCCGCUGCUACGUACACAUCAUGGACCAGGGCCUCUGCUACCGCGUCAACACGCUCGCCGCUUACAUAGAGGCGAACCGCCUGGUUCCCAAGCUUUUGUUUGAAGAGCCAGCAGUCCACCCAUCUGCCGUCAUUUCAGACAGAUGUCAGAUGGGAUCCGACAGCAUGAUUGGGGCCCUGUGUCAGAUCGCAGAUAAAACUUCAAUAAAGAGGUCCACUAUCGGAAGCUCCACCACUGUUAAGGAGAAGGUCAGGGUGACGAACUCCAUCAUCAUGCAUGGGGUUACCAUUGAAGAGGGGUGCAACAUCCAGGGCAGCGUGAUCUGCAGCAACGCCGUCAUCGGCCGAGGCUCGGACCUCAAAUACUGCCUGGUGGGAAGCGGACAGCAAAUCGAACCCGCGGCUGAAAGGACCAAUGAGGUCAUUGUUGGCACAGACCAACUGAUGGAGAUCUAAGUGGCCUCACCUGACCAUCACAACGUGGAUACCCGGUGACACACUUUACACAGCCCUUUUAGUAAAUUGUGUUUCAAUAAAAACUCAAAUCCA